AUGUCGCGCCCCGAAGAUUUGUUACCGCCAGACCUCUUCUACAACGAUGUCGAAAGUCGCAAAUACACAACCAACAGUCGUAUCAAGAACAUUCAAGCUAGCAUGACGAAUCGCGCCCUCGAACUUCUGGAUCUCCGUUCGCCUUCCCUUAUUCUCGAUCUUGGAUGUGGCAGUGGUCUCUCAGGCGAGAUCUUGUCGGAAGUGGAACCAGAAGAAGGCGGCCCUCACACAUGGAUCGGUAUGGACAUCUCGGCGUCUAUGCUGGGUCAAGCGCUUGAUCGCGAUGUCGAUGGUGACUUGAUGCUGGCGGAUAUCGGUCAGGGUGUUCCUUUCCGUCCUGGUUCUUUCGACGCCGCCAUCAGUAUUUCCGCUAUCCAAUGGCUUUGCAACGCCGAGUCGUCCGACGUCACACCUGAAGGUCGUCUGAAGCGCUUCUUUGACGGCUUAUACGCUUCUCUCCGUCGUGGUGGCCGCGCCGUCUGCCAGUUCUACCCCAAGAACAAGCUACAAAGAAACAUGAUCAGUGCUGCUGCUGUCAAGGCUGGUUUCGGUGCUGGUAUCCUCGAGGACGACCCGGGAACCAAGAGCGAGAAGCUAUAUCUCGUUCUCACAGUUGGUGGUGGUGAUUUGGGCAGAGAAGAGGCAGCCACAAGCAGAGACAUUACAGGUGUUGUCAAUGGCAUGACCGAUGUCGACAUUCAAGACGCUCGUCGCAAGAAGGAUCAACGCUCACGCAUGGACAAGUCAAGGGUCAAGGGAAGCAAAGGCUGGAUCAUUCGCAAGAAGGAUCAGAUGGAGAAGCAGGGCAAGGUCGUCAAGGCAAACUCCAAGUACACUGGCAGAAAGAGAAAGAUUGCCUUCUAG